UUCCUUUCUCUUCCUUUCCUCACCCUCUUUUUCUCAUUCCUUCUUGUAAAUACUUUCUCUCCUACUUUCGACCCCAUCUACACAGCAAAAACAUAAAUAAAGACCAACAAUGCCCCGUCCCUCCACCCCCCUCUCAGCGGCCCUCCCGCCACUGAUAAUGGGCACCGCAACCUUCAACAACCAAUACAACCACGACCCCUUCGCCCUCCCCACCACUGAACUGGUCCAGCGCGCCUUCACCUCCGGCAUCCGCGCCUUCGACACAUCCCCCUACUACGGUCCCGCCGAAGAACUCCUCGGCCGCGCCCUCGCCACCGACUACGUCCGCACCCAUCACCCCCGCUCAUCCUACCACAUCCUCACCAAAGUCGGCCGCAUCGCCUCCUCCUCCUUCGAUUACUCCCCUACCUGGGUGCGCCAAAGCGUCCGUCGCAGUCUCCAGCGCCUACACACCGACUACCUAGACGUCGUCUACUGCCACGACGUCGAGUUCGUCUCCCGCCAGGAAGCCCUAGCAGCUAUUCGGGAACUGCGUCGCAUUCGCGAUACCGAGGGCACCAUCAAAUAUGUCGGCAUCUCGGGGUUCCCCAUUGACGUGUUGGCUGAAAUAGCGGAGCUGGUUCUCCGCGAGACCGGCGAGCCGUUGGAUAUUGUGCAGUCAUAUGCGAAUUACACGCUGCAGAAUACGAGACUCUUGUCGCGCGGACUGCCGAGGUUUGUGGGCGCGGGUGUGGACGUUGUUACGAAUGCGUCGCCGCUGGGGAUGGGUCUGUUGCGGAGACAGGGCGUGCCGAUUGGCAGUAUGGGUGAUUUCCACCCCGCACCAGAUGGAUUGCGCAACAAGAUCCGGGAGGUUUCGGAUUGGGUCGAUGGCCAGGGCGAGAGGUUGGAGGUUGUGGCUAUCCGGUUUUCGUUGGAGAGCUGGUUGCGCGAAGGAAAGCAGGUUGGAGCGCUGGGUGCCCCGCUGGCUAAGGCCGGAGAUGCUGAUCCGGGAUUCAUUUCCGUGGCUAGUAUGGGCACUGGGGAGAGACUGGGAGUUAGUGUGAUGGGAGUGAGCAACUUCGGAGAGCUGGAUGAGACAUUGCGUGUCUGGCAUAGCAUCGUGGAUGGAUUGGAGAACAAGGACGAUGACGAGGACGUUGAACCGAAGUCCUCAGAACUGCAACCCCCGUCCGCUGUGCCUUCUGCCGCACAGGCGCCUGCUAUCCUAACCCCUUCGGAGGGGAUCAUUACCGACCGUGCUUGGUCGAAAGACAGACGUGGUCGCAUUUCGUCUCUGGCUCAGCAUAUCCGGACGAUUCUGGGCCCAGAGUGGGCAGAUUAUGCCUGGGACAGCCCGUCUCCGGAUUUCGUCAAUUCGUUGUCUGCUGAGCAUCUAGCUGCAAGAGACAAGGAUGCUGCUGCUGCUGGCGCUAAUGAUGAGUCCAUGGUGACGCCGCCUUUGGAGGCAGUUGAUGCGGAUGAGAAGAUACCCACUGCUGCAGCGCCUGAUGUUGCGCUGUGAUGAAGAUAGUUUAUCCCUUAUACCUUAUACAUUCCAG